CCCAAGAAGUAUGACUUUGCGUGUACGAAAAAAAAACGGGUAUUCAUUGGAUAUCCAGGGGGAAUCCUCGGCUCCUAUUGGUCUAUUCUCAUGUCAAUCAAACAGCAUCCGUGACUCAUGUGGGUGCUCCCUCGCUGGAAACAGGGAUGGAAUGGACGAGCAAGUGCAACAUCCUGGAAGGUCAAAAUUCUUCAGACUGAGUUCUCCUGAGGUAGUAUGGCAGCAGCGUUUCUAGAUGGCAAGGAUGCAAACUCUCUUCUUAAACGUUUUCGGCGGGCAAACGGUUUCUUGGAGGAGUUCCGGCAGGGCAACAUCGAGAGGGAGUGUGCUGAGGAGAGCUGCAGUUUUGAGGAGGCCAAUGAAGUAUUUGAAAACAAGGAACAAACGAUGGAGUUCUGGAAAAACCGCAGCAUCUACACAGUGAAUAGCAAUGCCGAUUCAAACUCCGAGCGGCUGGACUUUGGGAACAUGGUGGUGCCCCUGGUGGGCGUGGCUGUCAUUAUCAUCGCGCUCUUCAUCAUCUGGCGGCUGUCCAUCACUCGCUGGCGUCUGGCCUACACCCAGAACCGCUAUCUGGCAAACCGGAACACCCGCAGCCUCCCUCGCAUCCUGGUGCACCGCGACCCACUCUCACAUUCAGAGAACUUCCACGCCAAUGACAGGCUCAGUGUGGUGGUCAGCGGCACCGAGCGGAAUGGGUCUUCUCUCGCCACCCAAGACGCUCGCCAUCACACCGGCCACUCACAGAACAAUCGCUCGCUAUAUGUUCAAGAUCCAUCUUUAUCUGUGGCCUCCCAGUUGUCUGGGGCGACCCCGCCACCAUCCUACGAGGAAGUCACAGGGCAUUUAGAAAGCAGCAGCGAUGAGACGACAGUUCCAUACAAUGAUCCUCCACCAAAAUAUGAGGAGAUUGUGCUAGAAAACUUGUGCUCGAACUAGUCAACCAAACUGCCCGUCUACUACAUGUGGCUGAAUCAUGUUUUCCAGCUCAGGUUUAAGCCAAUGAACUGCUGCCGUUGCGGUAAAUAUGUAAAUAACUUCUCACACUGCCAACUUCACUUGAGUGACUGGGAAAUUUGGCUUAAGGUGUGGUCACAAUUACUAUUGUUCUGCAAAGUUUUCAUAUGAAUACAGGAGAUUACGGGAAAAUUCACACGAGGGCAAAUGAUUACCCAAUAGACCAUUUUGAGGGAUGUAAACAAAAACAAUGGCAUCAUCCUAUUUCCUGUUUUACAUUUUUGAUUUCUAUAGCUUCCGAGAAUCCAAAAUGAACCACAUAUUGAUGAAUAAUGCUAUAACGGCUGUUUUAACCUUAAGUUAUAUUUGAAUUGCCUCUUGUUACAGUUAUGAAAUAGUUUGAUAACAAGCAGAAAAUGUUCAUGUGCCGAUGACAUGAUCACAUUGAAAUGGUCUAUAGAGAUUUCAAGUUGGUCACUCACAUUUAUGGAACGCAGUCAGGGUCAAAAGUGUAAUUGUUCCCAACAUCCACAGUUUAAUUGUCUUAAAGGAACACUCCACCAUUUUUGGAAAUAGGCUCAUUUUAUAACUUUCCUAGAGUUGAAUUGUUGAAUUUGACCGUUGUUGAAUCCCUUCAGCCUAUCUCUGGUUCUGGUGAGAGCAUUUUUAGCAUAGCUUAGCAUAGAUUAUUGAAUCAGAUUAGACCAUUAGCAUCUCGCUCAAAAAAAUUCAAAUAGGAGUUUUGAUACUUUUCCUAUUUAAAGCUUGACUCUUCUGUAGUUACAUCAUGUACUAAGACCAAUGGAAAUAGAAAGUUGCUAUUUUCUAGCCUGAAAGCGUUUGACACUUAGUGAUUGAACUAAGUAUCUGCUUGUUAAGUGGUGACGUGUUUGUAACGUAUGUAUACUGUUUCCGGGUCCAAGCCGCCAUUCAUUUGAGUGGAGAAAUCAUUCGUUUAUGAUCACGUUUUAUUCCUAUCACACAUUAAAGUUAAUUUUAUGUAAAUCAUAGUGUACACAACAAUCUCUGGGCUUGCUGCAUAACAAAUACCAAAAAAUUUACAAUUUAUA